AUGGAGAUCCUGUCGAAGCGGUCACGCUCUCCCGCAAAUGCUCCGCCUAAAAUCCAAAAGAAGGCGCGAAUUUUCAUGGUUGGCGACGAUAAGCUAGAUGGAAGGACGGAAAUCGAGGUGCAAAAGCUGCAUGACGAGAACCAAGCAGAUCGUAAAGCUGUAAAGCAAAACAAGAACGCGUUGGUCGAGCGAGUAACGCAUGCAAAACGCAACCUCGCAAAGAGGCAGGAUAACGUAAUUUGUGUGUCUCGAGAAAGAGAAAGGAAGAUGGAGGUCCAGCGCCGCAACUUUAAGCAGAAGCUACGCAAUGACCCACAGGAGUGUAAAAAGGAUAAGCAUUCGGUAACAAUUUCCAAGCAGACUAUUGUAGAGGUAGACAAGUUUCAGCAAAUUUGUGAGCUUUGGCAGACAAAGUUAAGCACCUUGAGUACGGAAAUGGAAGCAAAAGUAGAAUAUAUGGAGGCUCAGCAGGUGGAAAUUGCGCUAAAUGAUAUUGUAACGUUUGUGGAAAUGGAGUCUCUCAAGAACGAAAACGAGAAGUCACAGGAGCUGCUGCAGUGGGCGAUUUGGGUUCAAAAUGACACUGUAAAAUGUCUCGAAGAGAGUCGUACAAACAUCCAGAAUAUUGAGGUCUUUGAGGCGAUGGAGAAGCAAUUGAUGGAUGAUCGAGUUGUUGAACUCGAGACGCAGUUGGCACAAAAGCGAACAGUCGAAAGAGAAAAAGAGUCCGAAUUGGCGUCGUUACGAGCAGAUCAGAUCGAAAUUGAUCACUUGAGUCAUGGUGUGUCACAAGAGGUGUUUGACGCACUGGUGGUAGAUAACACGCGAUUAAGUGAAGAGGUGCAAUGUUUGAAGAACAAAUUGAAGACAAAGUGUAUGGAGAUAGACAGUAUGAAGGACGAGAUUGCGACAUGGAAGCAACAUAAUGACAAAUUGCGUGAGAAAACAUGGGAGCUUAGUGAGAAACUAGACAACAGUGAGGAUCAAAUUAAGCAGCAGAGAUUGGUGUAUGAGGAGAAGACGAAGAAGCUGCAGGGACUUUUGCAAAGCAUUGAAACUAGAGAAACAGAUAUGACUGCGGUUUUGAAGACUGCAAAAAUGGAGAUGGAGAAGCACCAGCAAAGAAAAGAUGAACUCAAGAUACUUUACACUAAGUUUAGCUCGGCAAUGGAUUCUGUAUCAGAAAAGACUAUGCGAUUAGAAGAAAUUCAACAUGAGCUGGAAAGUGCACAAAACGAAGUGCGAGUACUCCAAAUGCAACGAGAGGAACUUCAAAUACAGCUCGCCCAGCUGGAAAGAGAGAAGGCUGUUCAACUCCGUGAAACAAAUACGAUGAGAAAUGAGCUAAUUACUUUACGUAGACAGUGUGCAGAAAUUCGUGAAAUGGAAAUCCAGCAGAGAUCGUUAACUAGUAAAUUAAAGACCGAGCUAGCAGCUUUUAAGGCGCUGAAUGAGCAUCAAAGUGUUGGUCAGCCAUCGAACGAAAAUAUUGGGAGACAUUCAGACACUGAUAGCAUGCUAGUGGCUCAAGUGGCGGAAAAAGAAGCGCUACAAAUGUUUAUCCAGCGGUAUUAUUCGGCUGCUGAAGACAAAGUUAAGCGAUUGUCCGAAAAAGUUCGUGUCUUGGAAUCGCAGAGUGCCGGAAUUCAAAAGAAGAGCAAAGAACCUAUGGCAAGUAGUAUUGCGUGA